GGCCAGACCAUCUCCAACAGGGGCAGUCCUCUCUCUCUCUCUCCUCGCUCAGAGCUCUUAUCUCACAGAAUGACGGAGGCGACGUCAGGAGGCCGACAGUGGCAGUGUCACCUGGCGACACCAGGAGAGCGUCUCGCCUACCUCAGGCACUCGGGACACCUCUCCGACCUCACCAUCACCUUUCCGGGUCACCAUAACAUCAUACAGGCGCACCGUUGGGUGUUGGCCAUGAGCUCCCCGGUGUUCGAGGCCAUGCUCUACGGACCUCUCGCCGAGGGGGAGGUGCUGGCCCUCCCCGAAGACCCGCCCCAGGCCUUCGAGUGGCUUCUGGACCACAUGUACCGCAACCAGAGCCAGCUGCCGGGCGUGCAGCUGGCUCUCCAGGUGUACCAGCUAGCAGCCAAGUAUCAGAUGGACCCUCUGUGUCAACUGUGCUCGCAGUAUCUGAUACAAGAAGUGACACCGGAGUUCUUCCCGGGGGUGUACGAGGCAGCUGUGUUGCUGGGGGACGAGCAGCUGCUUAGCAGGUGUGCGCAGAUGCUGUGGGUAUCCUCGGAUAGCGUGUUGUCAUCCCGGAACAUUGGAGUGUUAGGGCGCGCGUCCCUCCGCCAGCUGCUUCACCACCACCAGCUGGCCGCCUCCUCCGAAGCCUUCGUGUUUCGUGCUAUCGUUGCCUGGGGUCGGGAACACGCUAAGACGCAUGGUGAAGGAGGAGGAGGAUGCAGAGGCCAGCACCCUCACCUAGUACACGUCCGCCCACACUUGUCGAGAGCCCCUCCAACACCAGCAGCAGACCAGGUCUCGGCGACCACUCUUAGUCGUAAAGUGAAACAGUUUCUCCCACAAGUGAAGGUGAAUGGGGAAAGAGAGUCUCCAGAGAGGCUAGCCCAGACGGCUGGAGGCUCCAGUCGCGCUUCAGUGAAGGACACAUUACAGCCUAGCAGCCUUCUGGAGCCUCUUCCUGUGAGGCAACAGCAGUGGAUGACAGGCGAGGAACCCACUGGUAGGAACCUUCGUAAGAUGGUGGAUGAGUUCCUGCCUUGUGUCCGCUUCCUUUCAAUGACGACUGAUGAAUUUGUUGAACACGUGCUGCCCUCUGGUGUCCUGAGCAGCGACGAGAGUGUGGCUAUUCUCAUGAACAUUAAAGAUAUCCCAAACGUCCCCAUGCCUAGGUUUGCCACAUCAGUUAACAAAAGCAAAAAGAACAGAUUAAAAUCUGCCAGUUUGUUAAUUUGUGAGCACCACUACACAAGUAACGAUCAAGAAAUUCUACGUGAUUUCAAAGUGCCUACAACAAUAUACUUAACACAACUUACAGCUCCCGGGGUGACCAGCGUGAAAGAAACAGCAGUCAAAAUCUUGUCGGCAGCAAAGACAGUCAACGAAGGGCGCUGGCAGGGGAUAGGCUGCAAGUUCGACUAUCCGGUGAAGUUGGAAGCGGGCGCUUGCUACUCGGUGGUGGUGGAGGGGGCGUAUGGGCCUUGUGCAGGAUGUGAGUGUAGUGUAGCCAGCAACCUCGAUGGUAUGGAAUUUACUGGCAAAACCCUGGGCCUCACCCCUGUCUUCCUUGAAUACAUGGAAGCCCCCUAGACACCAGCAUCUUUCUCAGUAAUAUAGAUUUCUUGUGUUCCUGAUCUAGUCAUCCGAUUCGACAGCCACAUCACAUCGGACCCUAAUGUUAACGUCUGAAAAACUCAUUAUACAGUAUAUGUAAUGUAUUAAGUUCGUCAAUUUGAUGUAUAUAUGUCUAUUGAUUACAACAUUUCACUGAAGA